CGACGUCGGCGCCAAACCCGCUCCGUCAGCUCAGCGCCCUCCAUCUUACCUCAGCGCUCACCGGCCCGAACUAUGCGCAGCAACCUUCCCUCGACCGCCGAGCCGCCGCCGCCGCCGCCGCCGCCCCCACGGGGGGGAGUUUACCCGCAAACCCCAAUGGCUACAAAACGCAGGAAGGUGGAUGCUGAGUGCCGAAUCUUCCAGGGCAUUUGGACAGAAAAGUACUUCUUUAUACAGCACUUCGGCACGCCCACAUGCCUUAUCUGCCACGCAAGUGUUAGUGUGAACAAGGAGUUCAACAUCAGGCGGCACUAUGUAACAAAACAUCCAAAAUUCAGUGAAAUUAUUGGGCAAGCAAGGAAGCAUGAAGUUCAUAACCUUAAAUGGAGCCUGGCAAAUCAGAUGUUGAAGAAACAAGGUGUGGAAUCAGAGAGGAACACGCUUGCUAGCUACGCGGUUUCUAAGUUGAUAGCAGAAAAUAUGAAGCCCGUCACUGACGGAGAUUUUGUGAAAGAAUGUUUGAUGGCAGUUGUGGAAAUUCUGUGUCCCGAGAAAAAGGUUUCAUUUUCAAAUGUCAAUCUCUCUGCAAGAACAGUUGCACGACGAAUAGAAGAAAUGUCAGCAGAUGUGAAAAGCUGUUUGAAGGACUAUUGCAGAAAUUUCCAGUUCUUCUCAAUAGCCCUCGAUCAGAGUACAGAUACCAAAAACACCGCUCAGCUUGCAGUGUUUGUACGUGGAGUAACUUCAGAUUUUGACACUGUUGAGGAGUUUGUUCAACUGGUACACAUGAAGGGUGCUGCCAUAGGAGUAGAUAUUCUUGUGGCAUUGCUCAAGUGUACCACAGACAUGGAGCUGGAUCUAUCUAAGUUAGUAUGCGUAGCAACUGAUGGAACGCCAGCAAUGGUUAGAGAAAAAAAAGGUGCUGUGGCUAUGCUUCAAAGCCACAUGGAAGGCCUUGAAAUUAACCACGAGUUUAAAAAAAUGCACUGCCUAAUCCACCAUGAAGCACUGUUCGCCAAGUCUUCAAAUGUGAAGGAUGUGAUGGAGGUAGUGGUAAGAGCAGUAAACCUGCUAUUGUCACGGGGACUAAACCACCGUCAGUUUCAACAACUUUUCUCGGAAGCAGAGGCCCAGUAUGGAGACCUGCUCUAUUUCUGCGACGUUCGGUUGCUCAGUCGAGGUGCAAUGUUAGAAAAAGUAUACGCUCUUCGGGAAGAAAUAGCAACAUUCCUCGAAGGUAAAAAUGUGAGUGCCUCAGAAUUUCGCGAUCCUAAAUGGCUUUCGAGUCUAGCAUUUCUGGUAGAUUUAACAGCUCAUUUAAACAACCUCAACUCGCAACUUCAGGGAAGAAAUCAACUCGUACAUGAUAUGUGUGGACACAUCGUCGCCUUCGAAACAAAACUACGACUGUGGGAAUGCCAGCUUGAGAAAUCAUGCUACGCUCAUUUCCCCAAACUCCAGGAGACCCAACCGACAGACACCAACACAUUUGUGACUGUGAUACGUGACUUGAAAACUGAGUUUUCUUCACGUUUCGCUGACAUUCGCUCACACACAAGCGAAUUCAGGCUGUUUGCCACUCCAUUUGACGUGGACAUCGACAAUGCACCAGAAAAUGUUCAAAUGGAACUUAUUGAGAUGCAGUGCAGCGAUGUAUUAAGAACUAAAUUUAAUGCAACGGACAUAUCUCUACUAGAGUUCUACAAGAAAUAUCUCCAUGAAACUGGUAGGUAUACCAACUUAGUAGAUCACGCAAAAAAAAUGACAUCAAUGUUCGGCAGUACUUACAUGUGUGAGCAACUCUUCUCAAAAAUGAAAUACACGAAGAGUAAAUUAAGAAACCGACUGACUGAUGCCCAUUUAGAUGGCAUCUUGCAUCUGGCCUCUUCCAACCUGUCACCUGAUAUUGAGAGACUAUCGAGUGUAAAACAACAAGUGUCACACUAACUGCUAUGAGACAGACAAACAGACUGACGGAGAGGGGUGAGGGUAGUUUCAAUACCAGUGUCUCAAACUAACUUUGUUCUGGACUUUGUUCAGUUCACUUUGUUCAGUAGUCAAGUCAAGUCAAGAGAGUUUAUUGUCAUAUGUCCCAGAUAGGACAAUGAAACCUUGCUUGCUGCAGCAAAACAGAAUAUUGUAAGCUUAAAUGCAGAACAGUUCAGUUCAAUAUACACAUAUAUGUAUGCAGUAGACAAAAUAUUGCUAAGUGGGACCCAGCAUCACACGGGAGAGCUGGUCCCCCAAUGCAAUAUUCCAACUCUCCACCAAUUUCAAUAUUGGUGGCCAGUGGGGGGGGGGGGGGGCUUUCUGGAGUGCUAGUAUGGGUGUUGUGGGCUGA